UAUAAAAAGAUCACAUACCUCAGGACUGCUGCCGUGACAGUUUCACACAACUGCCCGGACUUGUUAAAGGGUUUUCCUGUAUCGCAAAAAUCUCCUUUCUCGACUUGCUAAAGUUGAAGGUCAAAGUGGCUGUCGGUGAUUAGAAAAAACAACAACCACAGAGGCAUCAAAACAGAAAAGAUGAUUCAGUUGUUUCCUGUAAACUGAAGUGGAGAGCUUUGGAAAAAAUGUUAACGAUGAUGCCCUCACUGACCUGUGGAACGGAUAAUCUGAAGUGAUGGAGAAUAGAGAGGAAAGCCCUGCUGAUGAGCGGGCCCCCACACCUCCAGAGCGAGGACUGCUCCACAUCUGGAUGUCGGGGGGCCCCAAAGAGCAGCUUUGCCCAGAGAGAGUGCUGCUGUCUAGGUGCGUCUUGCAGAUCGCCCUCGGAGAACAUCAUGGACUCCUGCUGGCACAAGGUGGUCAAGUGUUUUCUUUUGGUGAGCUGUUGUGGAGAGGUCUGAGCGUUCCAGUUUCUGCUCCGGUGCUUGAGAGGUCCCUACUGGAGAGAAUGGUGGUCCGUGUGGCUGCUGGUGGUUUCCACUGCGGAGCGCUGAGCGAGCAGGGCAAUGUCUACAUGUGGGGGGAGAACACUGCCGGACAGUGCGGGCUGACUGAGAGGGGCACAACCUCAAACAUCACAGUUUCAGAACCGUGUCCUGUCACUGUGGUGGACAAUGAGGUCGUUCCUCCAGCGAUGGUCCGGGUUGUGGAUCUGGCCUGUGGACGGGAGCACAGUCUGGCCUUGUCAGCCCAGAAUGAGCUGUGGGCCUGGGGCAGUGGCUGCCAGCUCGGCCUGGUCACAAACACUUUCCCUGUAUGGAGACCACAGAAGGUGGAGCAUUUGGCAGGCAGACAUGUGAUCCAGGUGGCUUGUGGUGCCUACCACAGCUUGGCUCUUGUUCGCAGUUUACCUCAACAGAACUACACUACCCAGAAACCCCCUGAGAAGAAGGAGCGGGGUCAGUCACCUCGCUACUCACUGACGGAGAGAGAGGAGCCCCUUGCAGUUGAUGAUGCUCACUACUGUCCACUGGGGGUGGAGCUAAGUGAAGUCAUGACAGCAGAGACCUCUCGCAGAAAAAGAAGCCCCAGAAAAAGGCUCCAAUCUAGGGGAAGGUCAGCUGGCAGCAGCCCUGGCUCUGGAGCCAGUUUAUGUCCAUAUUUUGAAGACGACAAAUCCAACACUAAACAGAAAAAUCUUUCAACUGGCACCAAGCUUGACGCUGACCCUCUGACGGCUGAGACCGAUGGCUUGGCUGCCACUAAAAGCUCAACCUUUCCUGAUCAGGUGGAACUUCAGAAUCUCCUCCAGAAGCUCUCUGGUCACUCAUUAGAGACACGACAAGCCAGUGGGCUUGGAGAUACCGACUCACUGAGCAGUCAGACUUCAGAUGACAGCUAUGUCUCUUCAACUACUUCCACGGAUCUUUUCACCUCCAGUUACAAAGAAGACUCGCCAAUGAGGAGUCAAACUAACAAUACCAGUGGAGUGGGCGGGGUGUACUCCACCUCCUUCCCUGUGUGUUCGGAAGAGGUUCGGCUUUGUCUGGAGAAGGAGAGGCAGGCGCUUCAGGGCCAGAAGAGCUCCAGUCUCACAGAUAUUAGCCAGAGGGGGCAAACAGGGGCAAACAGGAGACGCUCCCUGCCUGGAACACCCACCCAUGGGUCUCCACGACGACGGCGCCCUUGUGCCUGCAGGACACCCACUGCUGGUCGGAGUCAGUCUGCAGCCUCAGAGGAGGUGGGAGACAUGAUGCCGUCUCUGGAGACAGAAGUGUGGAGCUGGGGACGCGGGUCUGAGGGGCAACUGGGCCACGGAGAUCAACUUGCCCGACUCCAGCCUCUGUGUAUUAAUUCUCUGACAGGCGAGGAAGUGAUAAAAAUUGCCGCAGGGUCACACCAUUCAUUGGCUCUCACCGCUCAAUGCCAGGUGUACUCGUGGGGCAGCAACAUGUCUGGACAGCUCGGUCAUGUCAACAGUCCGGUCACUGUCCCACAACAGACUAAGCUGUCUGACAGUCUUCGGGCGUGGGACGUGUCAGCCGGUCAGAGUCACUCCCUCCUCUUGGCUGACGGAGACUGUGUCCAGCCUGUACUGUUGUACUGCGGCCAGCAGCAAGAGACAAACUCAAAGUCGAAUCAGAGGUCACCCAGCAGGGCGGAGAGUUACACAGUCAGACCAGCGCUGCUGCCUUUCUGCAUGGAGAUGGGUUAUAUUAGCAGUGUGUGCAGCGGCGGUCAGAGCUGUGCCGUGCUGGCAGACCACAACGUCAUGGGUUUCAUCUCUGCCAUCCAUGAGCUGGCUUCCAGAGAGAGAGAGUUUUACUGCUGGUUGAGCAGCGUCAGGAAAUUGCUUCUCACCCCGCUGUGUAACAGAGAGAGUGUGUGUCCGUCAUUAGGUGAGCCAUGCACCCAGCUCUUCUUCUCUCUCUGUGAGAGUCUUGUUCGUCUGAGUGUCCUGAUUGGUCGACACUCCACGUCACUCAGCUACUUCCUGAAUGAUGUGCAGGGCCGUGACAUCACUUCCCUUUACCUGCUGACGCACACAGAUCACUUCCUGGACAUUUAUAAAGAGUAUUGUUCUUCAGUAGGUGACUUCCAGGUGAUGGGUGGAUUUCAGUCACUCCAUAAACUUUCACUCGAGUGUUUAGGUUCUCAGCAGACCAAGCUCGCUCAGCUGUGUGUUUCUGACCAGUCUGCCAGCGAAAAUGUUGACCUGGUUUCGUUGUUGUACCGGCCUUUGCAGCAGCUUCACCAGUACGGCCGAGUUCUGCUCAAAUUGGCAGCGUGCUAUGAUGUGUUAACUACAGAGUAUCAGUCCCUCCAUCAGAGCAGCAAUCAGUAUGAGUCUCUGUCUUUGUCCCUGAUGAGGAAGAAGAAGGAGGCUGAAACCACCUUCCUCUUCUGGAAGACCCACUCUGGAAAAACUACUGAGGUUCUGCGUCUCCCAAAGCGUCGCGUGGUAUGUGAAAGCAACAACAGGUCGCUGACUCUGCAGAAUGCUGGCCGAUUUUCCAAUCACUGGUUCAUACUGUUCAACGACGCAUUGGUGCACACACAGUUCUCCACUCAUCACAUCUAUCCUCUGACCUGUCUGUGGGCAAAACCCAUCACGGAAAACGGCAGCGGACUCUACGCCAUCAAAAUAAAAUGUCCAGAGGAGAGUUUCACCCUGGUGGCCUCAACACCACAAGAGAAGAACAAGUGGCUGCACUCUCUGAACCAGGAGAUAGAUCGAGUGCUGGGCGGUGGAGGUCAGGGGUCGUCACCAGGACAGACUGCCAUGUCUCGGACGGCCUCGUACAGGUUCACAGGAGAAGGAAGAUUCAAAGAUGCCCGGUACAGGGGGGGCUGGUUGGCAGGACAAGUUCAUGGCAGAGGAAACAUGGAAUGGGCAGACGGUCGGACCUACAGCGGGAGCUUCAAGAACGGACAGGAAAACGGCUAUGGAGAAUGUAUAAUGCCCAACAAAUCACUGAGUAAGCCAGACACUUACCAAGGACACUGGAAAGAGGGCAAGAUCCACGGCUUCGGCAAAUACAAAUACGCCAGUGGUGAGGUGUACGAGGGCUGUUUCUGUGAUGGCCAGCGUCACGGUUACGGCAUGCUGAGCUCCGGUAAGCUGGCUAGGACUUCCUCCAGCGUUUUCAUUGGCCAGUGGGUCCACGACAGGAAGACAGGAUACGGCGUCCAUGAUGACAUCACCAGAGGUGAGAAGUACAUGGGACUGUGGGUGGACGACCAGAGACACGGGAGUGCUGUGGUUGUUACUCAGCACUGUCUGUACUAUGAAGGGACUUUCAAAGAGAACAAGAUGAGUGGUUCAGGACUUCUGGUGUCUGAGGACAACACAGCUUUCCACGGGGAGUUUUCUGAUGACUGGACUGUCAACGGGAAGGGUGUUUUGACACUGGCAAACAGUGACUAUUUAGAGGGCAUGUUCAGUGGAGAGUGGACUGCAGGUCUGAAGGUGGUUGGAACAUAUUACAAACCAGCUGUCGAAGGACCAGAAAACAAAGACAGAAACAACCUGCUCAGGUUGGGUCAGUAUGUGGUGCCUGCAGAUCAGAGGUGGAGCUGCGUUUUUGAUGAAUGUUGGAGUCGACUGGGCUGCGAUGGUGCCGGCAGAGGAGAGCGGACGACAGCCUGGGAGAACAUCGCUGUUACUAUUACAAGUGCACGCCGUUACAGCUCUAACCUCAGCAGGUCUCAGACCAAAAUAUUGGAGAGUUUGGAGUUUAUUCCUCAGCACGGAGAACCAGUUACCACCUCGAACUAUGACAACAUACGAAGAUACCUUACCAAGGCCUGUGAGACGCCCCACCAUCCUCUAGGCUGGCUGGUCGAGACGUUGGUGACAGUCUACAGGAUGACAUAUGUCGGUGUUGGAUCCAACCGCAGGCUACUCAGGCAGGCUGUUCAGGAGGUCCAGGCCUACCUCACACAUUUCUACAGCAUUGUGAGGUUUCUGUUUCCUGGGUUACCAGAUGAUGGCGGCGUCAUUCCAAACGCCCCCGUCUCUCCAUCCAAAAGCAAACAUGACUCGGACACAUCAGAGCAAGGUUAUGUCGUGGUGGUGUGCUGCUCCUCUCUGCUCCUCCCUCUGCUGCUUCCUCGACUCUACCCUCCUCUCUUUACCCUGUACUGCCUGCAGGAGGAGCCGGAGGAGACCCAGUACUGGGAUCGCAUCCUCCGCCUCAACAAACAGCCCGAUCAGUCACUGCUCAGCUUCCUGGGAGUGCACGAGAAGUUCUGGCCGGUGUGGAUGUCGAUUUUGGGAGAGAAAAAACAGAUCGUAUCCAGCAGUAAGGAUGCCUGCUUUGUUUCCGCUGUAGAGACACUCCAACAAAUCAGCACCACCUUCACUCCAUCAGACAAACUGCUGGUCAUCCAGAAGACGUUUGAGGAGUUGACGCAGGAAGUGAAGCCUAUGCUGAAGGGUGACUUCCUGUGGUGCAUGGAUGACUUGCUCCCUCUCUUCCUUUAUGUGGUGCUCAGGGCGAGGAUCAGGAACCUGGGAGCGGAGGUGAGCCUGAUAGAAGAUUUGAUGGAUCCCAACAUUCAGCAUGGAGAGAUGGGACUGAUGUUCACCACACUGAAGGCCUGCUACAUUCAGAUCCAACAGGAGUCGACCACAUAGCAGGAGGCUGAAGAAGGAAGUGGAAACAGUAGCGCGGCACUUUACACACACGAGCUGCCAGAACAAAACCAGUCAAACCACCAGUUUUCCACUGGUGGCCGUUGGAAAACUGCACAGAGGCUGAGCAGACAGACGGCAGAGGAGGGAGAAAUGUCUCAUACUUCCUUGACUUUUGAUCCCGUCGGUAUGUUCUGGAAAUAUUACAAAACUGCAUUAUCAUCUCCAUCUGAACUUCAUUCAUCUCACUAGAUUUUUUAUCCAGAUUAUCUGACAGUAUAUAAAGAUUAUAUGUAGCUCAAACAUGAACAUCUACAAUCAGAAAAACAUCUGAUAAGGGUGAUGGUGCAGUUCAGAAAUACUAAUCGUCACAGUGUAUAUUAGACUUCUUGCUCUCUUCCAGAGCGCCGGGUUGGGUUUCAGAGUUUUGGUCAGUGACACCAUUGCUGAUGCAGUCUGUUUAACUACUGAGUCACUCUGAAAACCACUGAAUCUAAAAAAAGAUUAGUUUAGAAAUACACUUUAUUACACUUUACCUACAAGGGUUUGGUCCCUGUGUAACAUUUUCAGAAAUACGUUAACUUGAUUUUCAUCUCUGAGUUCAGAAAUAUUUAUCAAAAAAGUGUAGAAGUCUCAGACAGUUUGGCUGCAAAAUUGUAAUAACAUGAAGUACUUACAAUAUUUAUUUUACAGUGUUUUCCAACAAGUUAAUUCACUAGAAGAUAAGUUCCUAGUGAGGAGCUGCACUGUAUAUUUUCCCUUUUUCUUCUGCUUUCUAUCAAGAACACUCUAGAGAGAAGAGACUAACCACGUCUUUGAUAAAAUCUGAAAUACACAUUUCAAAGGGAAGUUGUGCAAAUGAAAAGGGUUUAAAGAUAGAUAAGAUAUUUUGAUUAUUUAAAUAUUUUAUAAUAACCAAGCACUCUUAAAGGGAACUUCAUGAUUUUAAAGUAACAGAUCCAAAGUUUCCACGUGUCACUGAAUUUUAACAGUGAAACCAGGUAUUCAUUUUAACAGAAGGUUAUGGGAGAUCAACUCCAACCUCAAUGUUUUACUGUUACUAACAUACAGUCACAUACGGGUAAGUUGAAACUGAACACAGUAGUUGAGUGUAU